AUGUCACUUUUCAGAACUUUGCAACACUCGCCAGCUACUAUUUCUAUUUUCCAUAAUGCUAAAGUACCAGCAUCAGCUAGUUUAUAUAAGAUUCUUGAUAAAUCAUACUGGAAAUUGAAUGAAGAAAAAUCUCAAUUUCAAGUUGAUUUAAUGGCUAAUCAAAUGCCAACUUACGAUCAAUUCAAUCUUAUUUAUCAUCAAUGUUUGCAUAAUCAAACUCAUAAAGAUAUUUUGAGAGACUGUUUCCCAUUCAUGAGAGAUCAAAGACUGUCUACCAACAAAAACUCUAGUAUUACGGUGACUUCUCCAAUUGGGUUAUUGGCUAACGCUAAAGGUGGUUCUGGAAACUUGAAGGUUUUCCUGGAAGGUGAAUACUCUAUGAUAUACGAAGCUUUUAAUUCCCUAGUUAAUGAUCCGACCCCUGAUGUCAACCCGGCCAACUUGUUCUUGGCCCCUCUCGUGGUUGAUUGGGACCAAAACUUAAUUGCCAAUAAUGAAGAGUCCUUAUCGGUUAUAUUGAACAAAUACAAAGCGGAUAUUACCGAUGCCGGUCUUUCUCCUGCUUAA